AGGCGGAACCCGACGCCAUCUUGGCAGUUGUUUGUUGAAGACCAUCCCCUCUGAAUAAACUGCGCAGGGUCGCAGAGGCGUGGGAUUGUUUUUAAAACGGCUGAGGUUAUGACUGGCGGGACCGAAUUUCACAAAAGCUAUAAUAACAAGGACUCUGAACCUAGAAUGGAUGUAGACAUGGAUUCUAGUCAUAUUGAAAGUGAGCGGGGUGAAUUGGACAGUAGUAUCCCGGCUGCGUGUUCUUCUAACGGCAGUGGCGGGGAAGAGGACGACGCGGAGGCCGUUGGCCGGACGAGAGAAGCCGGGGGCUCUAGUAGUCAGCACAUCCAGGACGGAGUGUUCUGCAGCGGCAGGGAGCAAGAGGUGUCGGUCGAAAUUGGAGAGACGUAUUUAUGUCAACGAGCCGAUAAGACAUGGCAUACUGCAGAAGUUAUUCAGUCCCGAUUGAAUGAACAGGAGGGCAGAGAGGAGUUCUAUGUUCACUAUGUAGGAUUCAACAGGCGCCUGGAUGAGUGGGUGGGUAAGGCCCGCCUGGCACUUACCAAGACAGUGAAGGAUGCAGUGAGGAAGAGCACAGAGAUCGGGGGCGUAGGUGAUUUGGGUGAACAGCCUGAAAGGAAGAUCACUCGCAACCAGAAGCGCAAGCAUGAUGAGAUCAACCAUGUACAGAAGACGUAUGCAGAGAUGGACCCAACAACAGCUGCCCUGGAGAAGGAGCAUGAGGCGAUCACCAAAGUGAAAUAUGUGGAUAAGAUCCAGAUAGGAAACUUUGAGAUCGAUGCCUGGUACUUCUCGCCGUUUCCCGAGGACUAUGGCAAGCAGCCCAAGCUGUGGAUCUGCGAGUACUGCCUUAAAUACAUGAAGUACGAGAAGACGUUCAGACAUCACCUGUCCCACUGUCAGUGGAAGCAGCCUCCAGGCAAAGAAAUCUACAGAAGGAGCAACAUAUCAGUGUAUGAAGUGGAUGGGCGGGACCACAAGAUUUACUGUCAGAAUCUUUGUCUACUAGCAAAACUAUUUCUCGACCACAAGACGCUUUAUUUUGACGUGGAGCCCUUUAUCUUCUAUAUCCUCACUGAAGUCAACAAACAGGGAGCGCACAUCGUCGGCUACUUCUCCAAAGAGAAAGAGUCUCCAGAUGGGAAUAAUGUGGCGUGUAUUCUCACACUGCCGCCUUACCAACGCAGAGGCUACGGAAAGUUCCUCAUAGCUUUUAGUUAUGAGCUCUCUAAGCUUGAGAGUGCAGUCGGUUCUCCAGAGAAGCCUCUGUCUGAUCUGGGGAAGCUGAGCUACAGAAGUUACUGGUCCUGGGUCCUGCUAGAGAUCUUGAGGGACUUCAGGGGAACGCUGUCCAUCAAAGACCUCAGCCAGAUGACCAGCAUCACGCAGAGUGACAUCAUCAGCACGCUGCAGUCGCUCAAUAUGGUGAAGUACUGGAAAGGUCAGCAUGUUAUCUGUGUGACGCCCAAACUGGUGGAGGAGCACCUGAAGAGCGCCCAGUACAAGAAACCACCAAUCACAGUGGACACUAUGUGUUUGAAGUGGGCGCCCCCCAAAAAUAAACAAGCCAAGUUGUCCAAGAAGUGAAAGGUGGAGCCAGUGACGCCACAUCUGUCCGUCAAUCAACCAACCAGUUUAUAUCAUCUGCCAAGUUCUCUCUCUUUUUCUUUUUUCCUCAACUGGCAAAACCCUGCUGUUAUGAAACCUCAAUGUAUAUAGCUGUUAGUAGCAUUUGUCGGUAUUUUCUUAAAAUAUAUAUGGAAAAAAACUCAA